UUUAUCUACUCCAUGCAAAUCUCGCUAGUACAGCAAUAAAAUGCUAUUUUUCAAUCAAGGUCCCGCUUUCAACCCCGAAAAGGAUAUCCCCGACCUCUCUGGAAAAAUUAUCUUGGUGACCGGCGGCAACAAUGGCCUAGGCAAAGAAUCUGUCCUGCAGCUCGCAAAGCACAACCCCACUAGAAUAUACAUGAGCGCACGAAGCCAACAUAAAGCCGAAACUGCUAUCAAGGAAAUAAAACAGACUGUCCCUACAGCGAAUAUCGUGUUCCUCCCCCUGGAUCUCUCGUCCUUCUCAUCCGUUCAAAAGGCAGCCGACUUAUUUCUUGCUGAAAAUGACCGUCUCGACAUCCUGAUGAAUAAUGCCGGUCUCAUGGCAUCAACACCGGGGCUUACGGAGGACGGAUACGAGAUCAACUUCGGCACGAAUCAUAUGGGUCCUGCCCUGUUGACUAAGCGACUCCUUCCUGUUCUUGAGAGAACUGUGAAUGCUGGCCACGAUGUGCGAAUUGUCAACCUGAGUUCGGCAUUGUACAGCUCAGCCCCGAAACCUGGCAUCCUCUUUGAGAAGAAUAAGGAGGCUCUGGCCAAUUUCAGUACGCUUGCUCGGUAUGGUCAAUCGAAGCUCGCGAAUAAUUAUUUUGCCAAGAUUCUCGCGGAACGGUACCCGGCUAUCAAAUCGGUUGCUUUGCAUCCUGGAGUCGUGAGGACGAACCUCUCAGAUGAAACUAAAAGGACAUCCUUUUUUAUGUCCUUACUUGUGAGAGUGUUUGAACCCUUGGCGGGUGUUGAUGUGGGAACUGGCGCGCUGAACCAGCUGUGGGCCGCCGUUGAUCCUUUAGUUAAGAGUGGUGGAUUCUACUAUCCUGUCGGAAAGGAGACUCAUGGACGUGUUCUCGAUGAUAGAGAUUUGGCCGUGAAGCUGUGGGAUUGGACGGAGGCAGAGUUGAAGUCUCAUGGAUAUUAACUGGUAAUUUUGUGGUCCGAUAUUGCAUGUCUUCCUUUGAUAUAAUUAUUCUUUCUCGUGGUUUAGCCCUUUCACCCCUAUAGUCUUACGUUCUUGCUUUGUUAUUGAAACCGUUAUAUUUUGGUAGUACAGUAUCUCUUGUACGAAGAGGGUAUAUAGAUCAAAGCUAUCUAAUAAUGGAGCCCUCCGACUGAUCUUUAUUUCACAGAGUAAUUUUGUGAAAAACUAUACACAGGACCGCAGCUACAAUAAACAUAAAUUCCAACCAAGUUGCCAAAUAACCUAGUUGAGCCCGGCCCUUUUUACACGUGGCUCCGAGAUGGACGGCUUACUCCACGUAUCCCUCUACCGGGUCCACGGCACACGCAGCCUCCUGUGCGCCUGCAGAGGGGGUCCCUGUGGGUAGAGCGUCAAAUUGUUCUGCAUGGUGACGUG